AUGGGAACGCAGGUGUUGGGAGAGGAGAAGGGAGAAGGGAAGAAGGUGAUGGUGGCCAUUGAUGAAAGCGAAUACAGUCACUUCGCUCUCAUGUGGGUGCUUCAAAGUCUAAAGGAAUCUAUAACUAAGAACCCACUUUUAAUCUUCAUGGCGCAACCUGUUAUCGAUAAUAACUACACUUUCGCUGCCCAUCUCGGCACUGCUCGCAUCUACUCCCCAGUUUCAGCCAGACCAGAUUUUGUUAACUCAUAUAAGGAGAAUCAAAGAAAACUUGUGCUGGCUCUCUUGGAAAAAGCUAAAACUAUUUGUGCUACUCAUGGGGUAAAUGCUGAGAUCUUGACAGAGGAAGGAGAUCCUAGAACAGCCAUAUGCAGUGCAGUUGAAAAGCAUACUAUUGAUUUGCUUGUGGUAGGGGGGCGUGGCCUAGGAAAAUUAAAAAGGGCUAUUAUAGGGAGUGUGAGCAACUACUGUGUUCUUAAUGCAAAAUGCCCCGUUCUCGUUGUGAAGAAACCAAAGUGA